ACCAAAUUAAGCUCGCGCUCACACUGCUCGAGGUCGCAAAGUGUUAGAGAGUACUGGAGGUCACAUAGUGCUAGAAAACACUAGAAUCGGAUCGAUGGAGAUUACGAGCAGCACGAUGGUGAAGCCGGUGUACAGCACGCCGCACCCGCUCGUCGGCGAGAAGGUGCCGCUGACCGUCUUCGACCGCGCCGCCCUGGACAUCUUCGUCCCCACCGUGCUCGCGUACCCUGCGCCGGCGCCGUCCAACGAGGCGCUCAGGGAAGGGCUCCUCAAGGCCGUCGCGCCGUACCCUCACCUGGCGAGCCGUCUCGCCCUCGACGACCAUGGCCGGCGCUUCCUCCACGUCAACAACGAGGGCGUGCUCCUGAUCGAGGCCACCGUCCCGGUCGACCUGGCGGACGUGCUCGUCGACGGCCGCAUGGCCGCUGGCGUCGAGGACCUCUACCCUACGUUGCCAGAGGAGAACAUCGGGGCGGCGCUGCUGCAGAUCCAGCUGAACAGGUACAGGUGCGGCGGCCUCGUGGUCGGCAUAAGCUGCCACCACCACACCGCCGACGGCCACUCCAUGAGCAUGUUCUUCACCGCGUGGGCGACGGCGGUGCGCGAGGGCAAGGACUUCACCACGCCGACCCCGUUCCUCGACCGUGCGAGAACUGCGUUGCCUGGAAGCACGCCGACGCCGGUGUUCGACCACCGGUCACUGGAGUUCACGUGUGGAGAAGGAGACACCUAUGCCGUCGUCCCCAUGGACAGGAUCAAAAAUCUUACUCUGCACUUCACGGCCGAGUUCGUCGCCGACCUCAAAUCCCGGGUGGGCACCCGUUGCAGCACGUUCCAGUGCCUACUAGCGCACGUCUGGAAGAAGCUCACGGCGGCGCGGGAGCUGAAGCCGGAGGAGUUCACCAAGGUGAGGGUGGCCGUGAACUGCAGGGGCAGGGCCGACCCUCCCGUGCCGAUGGACUUCUUCGGGAACAUGGUGCUCUGGGCUUUCCCAAGGCUUCAGGUCCGGGACAUCCUGAACUCGAGCUACGGCAGCGUGAUCGGCGUCAUCCGCGACGCCGUGGCGCGCAUCAACGACGAGUACGUGCAGUCCUUCGUGGACUUCGGCGGAGUGGCGGACGCGAACGGGGAGGAGCUCGUCGCGACGGCGGCCGCUGCCGGCACGAUGUUCUGCCCGGACGCAGAGGUGGACAGCUGGCUGGGAUUCAGGUUCCACCAGCUCGAUUUUGGCACCGGCGCACCGUCCGCUUUCGUGCCGCCGGACUUGCCUUUCGAGGGGCUCAUGAUCUUCAUGCCGUCGCGCAAGGCGAAUGGCGGCGUCGACCUCUUCAUGGCCGUCGCGGAGGAGCACGUCGCGGCGUUCGAGCAGAUCUGCUACUCGUUAGAUUGAUCGACCCGCCAGGGGUUGGAAUCGCUUGCAUUCAUGGAUGCUUGUCAUUAGAAAAGGUCACGUUUAUUACUAUGAAACAAUUGCACUGGAACUAUGCAGUGUAUGUACAGUAUGUAGAUGUUAUCUGUAAAAUCACCUGCACUUGAGUUGUUAGCCAAAACCGUGGAGGUUGACCUGUGUAAGUAGUUCGAUCAUUUAAGAAUAAAAAUAUUUAUGAGAAA